AUGUUCGUCUCAUUGGCGAUCGUAUGCGACGAGUUCUUUGUGCCUUCACUGGCCGUGCUCACCGAAAAACUUGCCAUCUCCGACGAUGUGGCUGGAGCAACGUUCAUGGCUGCUGGAGGAUCAGCACCCGAGUUCUUCACAUCAGUUAUUGGAGUGUUCAUAGCGCAGAACAACGUGGGAAUCGGUACCAUCGUCGGUAGUGCAACAUUUAAUAUCCUCUGUGUGCUGGCCUGUUGUACGCUAUUCUCGAAAUCGGUCCUACAACUCACGUGGUGGCCGCUGUUUAGAGAUGUGUCUAUUUACAUCCUAGCAUUGUUAAUGUUGGUGCUGUUCUUUAUGGACGAGAAGAAUGUGUCCUUUCAGAUCACCUGGCCAGAGGCAUUGUUAUUGUUCCUCGUCUACCUGUUAUACUGCACAUUGAUGAAAUUCAAUGUACGCCUCGAAGAGUGGGUGAAAGUGACGCUGCUCGGAGAAAAACUUGAUGGAGACGAACCCGAGCAGGCCACCCUCAACGAACCCAUCACUGCCCUCAACGGCAAUAACAACAUCAACUUAGAUUACAAAGAUCCCGAGGAUGGCAUGGUAAUGACCGAAAGGAACAUGUCGCUAUCACGCAGGCGGUCAUCCAUACCGAUCUUGCACUCAGGAACGAUGUUUCGCACGGGAAUCAUGCAGCUUAUGCAUCAGACGCUCGAUGAAGUGCCAGAAGGUUCGAUCCGUAUCUCUAUUCAACAAAUCAAUUCAUUAUGCAAAAGUCGAGGAAGUGAAGAGGAUUCAACCCGCCGUUCGGCUUCGACACCGUCACCCCCGCCACUGCCGAAAGUUGAGCUCACAAUUCCGUCCCGACCGGAUCGACGUUCGUCUCAAAUCGAGGAGAUUAAGUCCUUGUUAGAAGAGGAGGAGGAACAACCACUAAAUAUGGAAUGGCCGGAUAAAUUCACUAAACAAGUUACGUAUAUCUGUUUAGCUCCUGUGCUCAUUCCCAUGUGGGUCACCAUUCCCGAUGUUCGUAGACCGAGUAGCCGUAAGUGGUAUCCAGUGACAUUUGUAAAUUCGAUACUGUGGAUUGCGUUCUUCUCCUAUCUGAUGGUCUGGUGGGCCAACACGAUCGGUGAGACACUCGUCAUCCCCACUGAGGUAAUUGGACUAACUAUCCUGGCAGCCGGUACAAGCAUUCCAGAUCUAAUUACAAGUGUAAUUGUUGCUCGAAAGGGACUUGGCGAUAUGGCCGUGUCGAGUUCGGUCGGCAGCAACAUUUUCGACGUAUGUGUGGGCCUACCAAUACCAUGGUUGCUAUUCUUCAUCGUCGAACCGCUCAGGAAUCCAGGGAAUCCGGCACAGUUUAUUUCUGUGAGCAGGUAG